GGGUAAUUACUUCGGACAAACAUGGCGGACGGUCCUGCAGGUUUUCACUUUGAUGAACUGAACAAAGUUCGGGUUUUAGAGCCAGAAAUUGGUCAGCAGACACAGGAACUUAAGGAGGAGUGUAAAGAAUUUGUCGACAAAAUUGGAGAAUUUCAAAAAAUAGUGGGAGGAUUUAUUGAUAUGGUUGACGCAUUAGCCAAAGAGGUCGAAAAGGAAAAAAUGAAGGCCAUUGGCUCAAGGAAUCUUUUAAAAUCGAUUGCAAAGCAAAGAGAGGCACAACAACAGCAACUUCGGGCACUGAUUGCAGAAAAGAAAACACAGCUUGAACGUUUCCGUGUACAGCAUGAAGCUUUACAGAAGGUUGAGAGUGAACAGAAUGAGUUUAUAGAGCAGUUUAUUCUACAAAAGUGAAUUUUAAUCCUAAGGGGUCACUUUGUAAAACUUUAACUUAACUUUGGUAUAUCAGUAAAUAAGUCCGAUAAUGUAAAUAGGAAUUUUAUUGCAUUCUGUUAGUUACACAAAUACAAUAGUCAUUCUAAUUAAAUUAAUAGUUUCAAACUUUUGUAUAAAGCUA